CUUUAAAUGAUACGCGCGCUAUGGUGAUGCAUUAUUGGAUAGGUACCUACACUGUAAAAACAAACGAAUAUAUACAUACAUUAACAAAUUAACAACGUCAAAAAAACCAGACAAGUGCGAGUUGGAAUCUCGUUCUAAGGGUUCCGUGUAUCAUGAAAUUUUUAAUGUUUUUUUGGAAAUGAAACGUGAGUGAAACGUCUUGAAAACCCGAAAGGGUCAGAGUCAGAUCAAAAACCAGAUGCACGACUAAUAUUAAGUGUUAUGGCGCGGUGGCUUAUAUAUUUACAACUAUACUAUACUAUAGCUAUAUGCUAAUAUUUUAUAUCGAUGUAUAGGAAAAAAGCCAUUACUUGGAAUUGAAUGUAUGGCUGACAGAGAUGGCGCUGAUUUUUUAAUGCGAGUAAGCUUACGAAAUAGAAAAAUAAAAUAUGUUUUUAAACUUGUGAUGUUUCUGUCAUACUGAUUAUCAUUACUUUUGGAUCACCCCUCGUAACGCGAUUUUGUUUGCAAAAAUUUGUUUUUAAUUUUUUUAAUUUACCCCCCAAAUGAAUUGUAAUCUCUAAUUUACCCCCCUAUGUUUUAAAUACAUUUGUUGACGUUGUAUGUCCGUCUCUUAGACACGAACUAAAUUUUAACUUUAUUGGUGACAGACGGCCAGACAGGCAGACAGACAGACGCACGAGUAAUCCUAUAAGGGUACUUUUUUUUCCUUUUGAGCUACGGAACUUGGGUGCUUUUAAAACUAUAUCAAAAUAAUAAGGUUUUUGAAUUUGGAACUUUCAUUUAUUUCUUAACGAUUUCAAAACUCGAAUUGAAUUUUGUACUUGUACAAUACAAGUACGCGGGACCAAAACAUCAACACUAUUUAAGUUUUAUUAUAUAUACGUUCGUACAACGAAAAGGUACACCAGUAAAUUUAUUAUUUAAUACAUUUAAACACAAUGCAUGGUAAAAUCUACGUACAAUACGUGACAAAUGAAAGGUUAACAGAACUUACGGCAAUGAGUUUCACCGAUAAAGUGGCAAUAGUAACUGGUGCGAGCUCCGGGAUCGGGGCUGCCGCAGCCAUAGCAUUGGCCAAAGAAGGUGCUAAGGUAGCUUUAGUGGCCAGAAACGAAGAAAGACUCGGCAAAGUAUCCAAACAAUGCGAAGAACUCGGUGCCAAACCUCUGAUCAUCAUAGCGGACGUAAGUCAAGAUGAAGAAGCAAAAACCAUCGUGAAGAGGACAGUGGAACACUUUGGCAAGAUAGACAUUCUAAUAAACAACGCUGGGAUAGUUGGUAUCUCAUCUAUGCUCGACGAAAGCAUAAUGCAGUAUUACGACAUGGUCAUGAACACUAACGUACGUGCAACAGUUCUUUUGACAAGUCUAGCUGCUCCCCACUUGAUCGAGACGAAAGGUAAUAUCAUCAACAUCUCAAGUAUUGCCGGGUUGAAGGUUCCUGGGAAGAACUAUAUGUGUUACGCCGUAUCUAAAGCUGCAUUGGACCACUUUACACGCUGUACAGCUUUGGAUUUUGCUCAGUUUGGGGUGAGGGUGAACAGCGUAAACCCAGGUCCGGUUAAGACUGACAUAGUAGCAAACGCUGGUGCUCCUAACCCAGAUAAAUACUGGGAGAAGUUUAAGCAAGGAACAGCUUUGAAGAAUAUAUCAGAACCUGAAGAAACUGCGGAUCUGAUUCUGUUUUUAGCCAGUGACAAGGCUAGGAGCAUCACUGGUUCGUCAUUUGUGACCGAUAAUGGUAUGCUUUUGAUGUGAAUACGUUUUAUCCUACCAACAUUAGUGCACAAUAUAAUCAAGUAUAUCUAAAACAUCCCAAUGUGGAUCCAAAACCAUACGGUAUCUAAUCAAUUGUUAUUUUGUUUAUUUAUGAUUUUUCUUGUUACCAUUUUAUUGUUUUGAUUUUGUUUAGUAUG